AUGUCUCUGCCAUUUUCCGGCUCGAAAUCAAAGUCAGCGGGCUUGGUGAGUGCGAUAAGGAAACAGACGUUAUUAUUGAACCUCAAGCCCGUGAAAAAAGUGUCGGUCAAGUUCGAUCCUUUUAGCCAAAAUGCUGCCACGGCCAGGAAUUUUAUGUACUAUUUACUAUCACCGAAAGUAAUCAAAACAAAUCCUCUAUGUUUGGUAAGAAACGAAGUUGUUAAUGAUAGAAGUGAAUCAACAGUUGAUGUUUCUUUAGUGAAUGGUGAAUCAGUGUUAUUUAAAUGCCAAAACUUAACUGUUUUGGAAAUAUUUCAACAGUUCAAUAAACAUAUAACUCCAUUAGCACCUAAAGAAGAAGUGACUGAAACUCUUGUGACAAAGACUGAUAAGAAAAAAGGAGGAAAACGGUAA